CAAUGUGAAAGGGAACUUUGAAGGGGAUUAUUUUCUGAGACAUAAAAUUCCUGUUCAUUCAUCCUUCAUUCACAAGUUUAUGGCUUUGGCUGUUGUUUCAAUCACAAUCAAACACGUUCUUGCCGUCUUUUGGGAUACACUUUAGCUCUUGUUCAUCCGAUCUCCACCGUUAGUUCUCUCUUGUUUCCCCCUUUGAAGACACAAUGGGACGUUCCAAGAAGGAGACUGCACUGUUUGACAUCCGUCUAAAGGGUGCUGAGCAUGAUGUGUUUGUGAUUAAAGGCUCCAGUCUGGAGGCACCAUCCAUCUUGCUCAGCGGGACGAUAGUCCUCUCCGUGCUGGAGCCCAUGAAUAUAAAGAAGCUGUCGCUGACGCUGUACUCUACGCUGAGGCUGAAGUGGACAAACACCUAUGAGACACCCAGGGGAGUGGAGAUACGCAAACCGUAUCGCUAUGAGAAACGCAUCUUUGAGCACAAUUGGGACAACUUCGAGAUCCAGAACUACUUCUCCAAUCUGUACGAUAACUACGGCUCAAACACUGCGAUGAAGUCGAAGAACAGCUCUGCUAAUUCUUCGUCGUCCUCUCUGAAGAACUUUGCCAAACGGUCGAAAUCGUCGUCAUCGCUGGCAAACUUGACCUCCUUCGGCUCCUCGACGAGUCUCACCUCACAAUCGCAUACACUCUUACAAGGGAACUAUGAGUUCCCCUUCAGUGCGAUCUUGCCCGGUUCUAUACUGGAAUCCGUGGAGGGCUUACCAGGUGCUUCUCUUGUGUAUAAGCUCCAGGCAAACAUCGAGAGAAGUCGCUUCAGCAACGACCUAAUAGCUAAGAGACACAUCAGAAUCGUGAGAACUUUAACGCCUGAUACCCAGGAGCUUUCAGAGACUAUGGCUGUGGACAAUACAUGGCCAAAGAAAGUGGAGUACACGAUAUCGACUCCUUCAAAGGCCGUGGCUAUUGGUUCCUUGGUGCCAACUCAUAUGUUAUUGGUUCCUUUGGCAAAGGGAUUGAAACUGGGAACCGUAAAGGUGUCGCUGGUUGAAUACUUCUCAUGUUCUGGAAGCUAUGGCCCACCUCACAUUGGUGAACGUGUCAUUUCAAAGAUCACGGUUCCUUCAACAUGCUGUGAAAUCUCAGAGGAUAAAUGGGAGGUCACUGCACACUUGCCUAUACCGCCAAGUCUAUCGAAGUGUACGCAGGAUGUUGACAUCUUGACGAACAUCAAGGUUCGUCACAAGCUGAAAUACGUCAUCGGGCUGGUGAAUCCUGAUGGCCACGUUUCUGAACUCAGAGCUUCGUUGCCUAUCUCAUUGUUUAUAUCACCAUUUGUGGCGCUAGGUGUUAAGAACUAUGAUCGUUCUGAUUCAGUGGCGGACAACUCCAUGAGUGCGUUUGCAGAGAUCUCUGAAGAUGCUAAUGUAAACAACGAUGAUGACGAUGUUAUCUUUGCGCCUGAUCCAGAGCUGGACACCCUGCAAAGAUCUCCAAAUAGAUCUGCGGUGGAUCUACACGGGACGGAGAUACAGGCACCACCAAUGUACGAGAACCAUAUCUAUGAUAGACUGUGGAGUGAAAUACCAAUCGAUGAUACACCAGAUGGUUCAAACUCCCAUACGCCAGCGCCAGGCACGCCAACAGCGACCCAGGGCGAGGGUCUAAACAUGGGCACAUUAACGGAGAAUCUCAGAAGAUUACACAUGCAACAAAGACUAUACGAACAGGGCGCUCCACAGUCAUUGACAUCGUUGGCGAUGGCCAGUCCAUCUUCUGCACCAUCUGUGGCGAAUGCUACUCAGGACGAUGACGACGAAGGGUUGUCAUUCGAAGUUGGUGGUGGAGGUAACAGUUCACGGAGUGCACGUGCUCCACCAUUCUUGUACAAUGAGACCCCUGUGAAUGAAACCACAGAGGUUGACUACUUUUCUGUCAGGCCUCAUGACGGUGUCGUUUCACCAGGUGCUGUAUCGCCUGGACCACACUUCAUCUCCAGGGUCAACUCGGGCACUGGCUUGUCUACCAGCGCACCACUAUCGUCAUCUGACUGGGAUGCGGACUCAUUGUCAAGGGUGCCUUCGUAUAAGGCAGCUAUGAAAUCACCAACCCCCGAUGGAAUAUCGCCUGCCUAUGAUCUUCCCGGCUACGAAGAGUUUGAAAUGUCAAGGCCGAAGUCGAUCCACUUGAAGCCUUCGUCUCUGGCAAACUCGAGAAACCAGAGCACUGCAUUGAUCAACAACUUGAGAGGUAAUUCUGAUCAUGACUUGAACACUACUAACAACAGCUCAAUGGCCAAAUCGUCGAUAAGCAGCUCCUUACCGGCCUCAUCUUCACAUUCCAGAACGCAAUCAUUCGUUAGCGAUGUGUCAUCGACGCCACCACACCAUGCAAGGACACCUUCUCUUGUCAGAAAGCUCACCGGUGGGACCAUCAAUGGAAUAACACCAUUAUCGCAGGCCAGUGUGAACGAUGCAGACAGACCUACAUUACAGAGUUCGAACAGGUCUUCUUCCUUUGUCAACAUGUUCGGCUCGCUUGUUGGGAAUAGGAAGAAGUGACAGGAUCCUCUGACGACUAUCGAUCUAUUCAUCCAUUGCUAUACACGUCUAUAUCUAUAUGUAAUGC